GCCAUUACUAAGCUGAGGCAGCAGGACCUGGAGCCUCUCGCUUUGAGGUGGUUCUCCAAUACUGCUGCUGCUUCCUCGCCAGAAAACUGGGAAGACCGGUGGGAGAGAAGACGAGGUAAGUCCCGGGAAGACCAGCACCAUGUCUCUGAGCAGCGCCUUCAGGGCUGUGGGCAACGACCCUGGGAUCAUCACCUGGAGAAUAGAGAAAAUGGAGCUGGCACUGGUGCCCCUGAGUGCCCAUGGCAACUUCUACGAGGGGGACUGCUACGUCAUCCUCUCGACCCGGAGGGUGGGCAGUCUCCUCUCCCAGGACAUCCACUUCUGGAUCGGGAAGGACUCCUCCCAGGAUGAGCAGAGCUGCGCGGCCAUCUACACUACGCAGCUGGAUGACUACCUGGGGGGCGGCCCCGUGCAGCACCGAGAGGUCCAGUACCAUGAGUCCGACACCUUCCGUGGCUACUUUAAGCAGGGCAUCAUCUACAAGAAGGGGGGUGUGGCCUCUGGGAUGAAGCAUGUGGAGACCAACACCUAUGACGUGAAGCGGCUGCUCCACGUGAAGGGGAAGAGAAACAUCAGGGCCACUGAGGUGGAAAUGAGCUGGGACAGUUUUAACCGAGGUGAUGUCUUCUUGCUGGACCUUGGGCAGGUCAUCAUCCAGUGGAAUGGCCCAGAGAGCAAUGGUGGGGAGCGCCUGAAGGCUAUGCUUCUGGCGAAGGAUAUCCGGGACAGGGAGCGAGGGGGCCGUGCUGAAAUAGGAGUGAUCGAGGGAGACAAGGAGGCGGCAAGCCCGGAGCUGAUGAAGGUCCUUCAGGACACCCUCGGCCGACGCUCCAUUAUCAAGCCUGCGGUCCCUGACGAGAUCAUAGAUCAGCAGCAGAAAUCCAAUAUCGUGCUGUACCAUGUCUCAGACUCAGCGGGGCAGCUGGCAGUCACAGAGGUAGCAACGAGGCCUCUGGUCCAGGACUUACUGAACCAUGACGACUGCUACAUCCUGGACCAAAGUGGAACCAAGAUCUAUGUGUGGAAAGGAAGAAGAGCAACAAAGGUUGAGAAACAGACGGCCAUGUCCAAAGCCCUGAACUUCAUCAAGAUGAAGGGCUACCCCAGCAGCACCAAUGUGGAGACCGUCAACGAUGGUGCCGAGUCGGCCAUGUUCAAGCAGCUGUUCCAGAAGUGGUCAGUGAAGGAACAGACCGUGGGCCUGGGGAAAACAUUCAGCAUUGGUAGAAUUGCUAAAGUUUUCCAGGAUAAAUUUGACGUGACUCUGCUGCACGCCAAACCAGAGGUAGCUGCCCAGGAAAGAAUGGUCGACGACGGCAACGGAAAAGUUGAGGUCUGGAGAAUUGAAAACCUGGAGCUGGUCCCCGUGGAGCAGCAGUGGUAUGGCUACUUUUAUGGGGGAGACUGCUAUCUGGUUCUCUACACGUACGAGGUGAGCGGGAGGCCGAAUUACAUCCUGUACAUCUGGCAGGGCCGCCACGCCUCACGGGGUGAGCUGGCAGCCUCGGCAUACCAGGCAGUGGAGGUGGACCGGCAGCGUGAUGGGGCCCCUGUGCAGGUUCGGGUGACCAUGGGGAAGGAGCCACGCCACUUCAUGGCCAUCUUCAAAGGGAAGCUGGUUAUCUUUGAGGGUGGGACUUCCAGGAAGCGAAAUGCCGAGCCUGAUCCUCCAGUGAGGCUCUUCCAGAUUCAAGGAAAUGACAAAUCAAACACCAAGGCAGUGGAGGUUCCAGCCUUUGCCUCCUCCCUAAACUCCAAUGAUGUCUUUCUGCUGUGGGCCCAGGCAGAGCACUACCUGUGGUUUGGCAAGGGGUCUAGUGGGGAUGAGCGGGCAAUGGCGAAGGAGCUGGCCGGGCAUCUCUGCGACGGCACCGAGAACACUGUGGCCGAGGGCCAGGAGCCGCCUGAGUUCUGGGACCUGCUGGGAGGGAAAACCCCGUAUGCCAAUGAUAAAAGACUACAGCAGGAAAUCCUGGAUGUCCAGUCCCGUCUCUUCGAAUGCUCCAAUAAGACUGGCCGGUUCAUUGUCACUGAGAUCACAGACUUCACCCAGGAUGACCUGAACCCAGGUGACGUGAUGCUCCUUGAUACCUGGGACCAGGUGUUCUUGUGGAUUGGGGCCGAGGCCAAUGCCACAGAGAAGGAGAGAGCCCUUGCCACAGCCCAGGAGUACCUGCACACUCACCCCAGUGGCCGAGACGCUGACACGCCAAUCCUGAUCAUUAAACAGGGGUUCGAGCCUCCCAUCUUCACAGGCUGGUUCUUGGCCUGGGACUCUCACAUGUGGAGCGCAGGGAAAUCAUAUGAACAGUUAAAGGAAGAGCUGGGAGACGCCGCUGCCAUCAUGAGAAUCACUGCUGACAUGAGGAACGCAACCCUCUCCCUGAAUUCUGAGCUAAAAUAUUACCCUAUAGAAGUUCUGUUGAGAAAUCAGAAUCAGGAGCUGCCUGAGGAUGUGAACCCUGCCAAAAAGGAGACUUACCUCUCUGAAGAGGACUUCAUUUCCGUGUUUGGCAUCACAAGAGGGCAAUUUGCUGCUCUGCCUGGCUGGAAACAGCUCCAAAUGAAGAAAGAAAAGGGGCUUUUCUAACACAAGAAGGCAUAUGCCUAUUGCAAGACCACGGAAGAGAGCAGAUAGUGCCAAUAUCAGGAAAGAAUUUAUCUACCAAUUUUUGCCUAACAUCUACCUACUUAAUUUAGAUACAAUAGGAUCUGCAAAUCACAGCAUGUUCUCCAUUUUUCUCAUCCCUGCAUUCCUUAGUUGUUAUACACCUAGAAUGUUAACCACCCACUUUUUGAUCUUUGAGGCUUUCUGGCUAAAAGCUUCAGCAAAAAGCACUAAAACUGCAUGAAUCUUGAGAAGUCAAAACUAAGAGAACAAAAAAACCAAGUUUAAAGUGUUUAAUAUUGGGGCAAAGACCUAAGUUUGUCUUAAAUUUUAAGAUUGGUAUUCCUAAAACCUAUUCAACCCACAAAUCAUUGAAGUUAUUCACAUAUAUACCCUAAAGUCAAAGUCCAAAUGCCCAGAUCUGUAUGUGCCAGGUUUUUAACUUUUCAAAUAAAGAUACCUGCAUGAGCAAA